UUCUUGUCGUAAUAAAAUGGCGGCGUCCGUAUGGAAAGAACAUGUAAAAGUGUCAGUGGAAGACAGCAAUGAAGUAGAAAGUUCUGAUGAGGAUGAUGAAAAAGAAGAGUCCAUUAGUUUGGAUAAUGAUGAUACAAGCAUAAAAGAAUCCAAUAAAACAGGAAAUGAUGGCUGGGCGGAUGCAAUAGCUAAAGUACUUGGCUCAUGCAGUUCUAAGAAAAAAAAUAACGUGGUUCUUUGUAAAGCAAAAAAAGAUGUUGAAUUUGCUGAAGUAAUUUCCAAAGAGAGAAAAAAUGAGGUUCAAGUUGUCAAUGAAAAAGGAACAAUUACACAAAGUGAGAAGUUGCCUACAAAGCAACCAAAGAAACGUAUAUCUGAUGAAAAAAGGGAUAUAUUGGAGAGAAAAAGACAGAAAUUGCUAUGGGAAAAUAUGGGACGCCAAAAACCAGAUGUUACGAAGAAAGAGCAAGAAAGGGCUUUAGCAAGAAUUGCUACAAGGGGAGUGGUACAGCUUUUUAAUGCUGUUCAGCAACAUCAAAAAAAAGUUGGAAAAAAACUCAAAGCAGCUGGCGGCACAGAGGUAAAGAAAGAGAAGGCUCUGAAAUCAUUAACAAAAGGAGACUUUCUUGAUAUGCUAAAGGGGUACAAGAGUGAAAAACCUAAUAAUUUAGAAGUAUCAGAGAAAAAGAGCUUACAAAACAGCCACUCUGGAGGAGAACAGUGGAGCAUUCUGCGGGAUGAUUUUAUGAUGGGAGCAACAAUGAAAGACUGGGAUCGGGAAGAUAAUUCUGACGAAGAGAAGGUGUAAGUUGUACAUCCAGGGUAGUGAACUUUGUAUAUGAAGUAUAUAUGUCUGACUUUUGUACAAACUCUUAACUGUUUGUAUAUUAUAGAUUAUUGUGGCCUGAACUUGUUUUUGUAACUCUUUAAACAUAAUAGAGAAUAAAACAUUUUAUAUUACCAUUGAUAA